UCUUUUCUGUCCCCACAUUCACUGAGCACAUCAUGCAAUGUUUCAUCGUCACAUGUCACAUAUUGCGAACGAUAGUGCACACUGCGUCCAAUAGCUUCUUCACAAGCUGUUCACCUCUUUUUUUUUUUUAGAUCUUUGCCCGAUUUCUCGCAUUUAAACAUCCAAAGCGAUCUUCACAAGACUGCCAAUGGAUUACUGGAACACUUCAUUAACGAUAUCCACAGAACCCUCGCAACCUCUCACAACCCAGAACAACGGCGAUGAACACCAAGUUCCUAUUAUCCCAGAACUCGAACUUAUCGACGCAGUUUACAGUCCUAUAACUCUGAUAUCAAACCUUCCCAAGAAACAUCUCCCAUCUAUCACCAACCCUUCACCACCGUCCAACCCCUCUUCCGAUGUCACCAACAGCAAACGUCUGGUUAUCAUAGGCGACACGCACGGUCGUCUGACCACCCUACGAUCUCUUCUGGCCAAAAUCUCAUUUGACAAUACGACAGAUCAUCUCAUCCUUGCUGGAGAUUUAGUAACGAAAGGUCCGGAUAGCAAGGGUUUGGUGCAGUUCGCUAGGGACAUAGGAGCGAGUGCAGUGAGAGGCAACCAUGACGACAAGGUGCUCGAAGCCGCGAAGUGGUUAAGUCGCAUAAAACAGGGCAAAAAAUGGCGGGGUAAGGCAGAGAACGAGGCCGAUAGUGUGAGUGACGACGAAGAGGAAAUUUCAGAGAAAGAGGAAGAAGCAAACGACACCCUCGACGUUGCGGGACGACAACGACGAAAUAAGAAGCCUAAAGGGUUAAAGCCAGAACACAUCGCCGUCGCCCGCUCCCUGAGCCCUUCUCAACUUCACUGGCUCGCCUCUCAACCCAUCAUCCUCCGAGUUGGACACCUUUCCGGAGCGAAGACCGCGCCAUGGAACGCCAAAGAAGUGGUCGUCGUCCACGGGGGUCUCAUCCCAUCUCUCCCGCUAGAGAAGCAAGACCCAUGGGCGGUGAUGAACAUGCGGAGCCUGGCUUACGAACUCGCUACCUCUUCAGCCCCUGAUAACACCAGGAACGAAGACAAAAAGAAGAACGACGGAAAUAUUAACACCACCCACAAAGGAAUAACCACCAUUCCCCUCGACACCCGCGAAGGCGAACCCUGGUCCCGCGCCUGGAACCGCUACCAAAACCUGAUCAGCAACGCAUCCAAGCGCGUAGCCGUCGUCUACGGCCACGACGCCCGCUCCGGUCUGCAAGUCGACAAAGACAUCACCAUCAACCUAGGCAAGAGCCCAAUCCCAAUCAGCGCCCGCCAGAUCACCGGAACAGGCGACCAAACAGUCAACGUGAACGCCGGAAGAGACGUGGAGAUCGAAAUCGAGACGGAAGUAGAGAUUGAAUCGGAGUCCGAGGUGAAGAGAUCAUCAGACGGAGGAAACGGAGUGGAAGCUGAAAGGAGGAAGAAGAAGCCGAAGAAGUUCAAGGGAACUCGAUAUGCGUACGGUCUCGACUCGGGCUGCGGACAUGGGAGGCAAUUGUCUGCGCUGGUGUUGGAAGUCAAUGAGAGCGGGGAUGAUAUUGUUCAUCGGAUUGAGCAGGUCGAGUGUGAGUGAACACGGAUCGGAACAGGGACAGAAUGGCCACUGGGUAAAGGUUAGGGGAAUAACGAACGGAUCUGCGAUGGUAUUUACA